CAUGGUCAAGAUUUUUUGGUGGCAUUAGCGCAGCAGACCUUUUCGGACACUCUACGUGAGGUCAUACCACCGCUUCUAACUUUAUUAGGUGACUGGAUUCGUUUGGAGAUGACACCAGACGAAAAAAUAGAAGCAAAGCAGUAUUUUUUUCAAAAAACUGGAAUAAGAGAUGUCGUAAUGUGUGUCGAUGGAACACACAUACGCAUCAUGAAGCCACGCUUUAGACCAAUGCCGUAUCUUAACCGUAAAAAGUAUUAUAGUAUCAACGCUAUGAUUGUGUGUGAUCAUAAAUGCCGCAUUAGAGCAGUUGAUCCGAGAUUUUGUGGAUCUUCUCAUGAUUCGUACGUAUGGAAUUCCAGUCCUGUACGUGAUCAUUUUGAAAAUAUGCAUGCCACUGGUGGAACCGAUAAAUUAUUAGGUGAUGCAGGAUAUCCAGCUGAGCCUUGGCUCGUAAUGCCAUAUCGUGAUCCUGAAGAAGGAUCCGUUGAGUCUAAUUUUAACAUUAGACAUACCAAAGGAAGGAACGUUGUCGAACGUACAAUAGGAAUAUUGAAAACACGCUUUAGAUGUUUAUUUGGUGCUAGCAAUAGGCUUAACUAUGAUCAAAAAAAAAGUGGAGAUAUUCUUAACAUAUGUUGUGCAUUGCACAACAUAUGCAUUCAGAACAACAUUGAAUGGCAACAUGACAUUGAAGAAAUGUUAACAGCAUUUAACGAAUAAAAUAUCUUCAACUGGGAUAUUAUAAGAAAACCUGUAGAGU